AUGCACGACGGCGACGAAGGGUCAACGACCUUGCCCCGUAACAGCGCCGACUCUUCGACAGCUUCUCGGCCCAUGCCAGACAACGCAGAGGCUGGUCCUUCCCGCACGGAGGCAUCGGCCACUGACACGGAUGCCGAGCUGCCAGGUCUCAAAUGGUACAUCUCCGACCUGGACAGACACAUGAAGCGCUCGGCAGCACAUCUCGACGGCAGACUCUCGCUCGCCCACAAUGACCUGCCCCACACCCAGUUCGAGUGGUCUGUCAUUCCUCCAAGCAACUGCCUGUGGACGUCCGACGAGAAGGCCCUCUUCUUUGCUGCCCUUGCGCGGCACUCGCGACUUCGCCCCGAUCUCAUUUCCCUCGACGUGGGAACCAAGUCGGUCGCCCUGGUGGAGGAAUACCUCGCCGCCCUUCGGUGGGGUAAGCAACACCUCGGCGAUCGCAUCCGCCAGCACGACGAGUCUCGUCAAUGGCGAGAUCACUUGAUUGACACUGGAGCGUACUCUGUCGACGACCUUUGGCUGGAGAUUGAGGAAGAGUUUAGCGAAACACUUGAUCGGCUCAUUACCGACGCCGCGGUUCCCGCACGACGCAAGAGAGCGCCCUCAUCGGAGACCCUGUUGAACGAGUACGGAGGCUCGCUUGACGUCGACAAGCUCUCCACACUAGAUGGCCUGCUCAAGGUCUCUGAAGAAAAGUCGACGACAGACCUGGUCGGAAUCUACAACUCGGAGUCUUCAUCAGACGACGAUGAGGACCCGAUCGUCAAGGACAACCGCGAGAUUGAAAAGCUCGACGCCAUUGCCAAGAAGGAGCGUACGCCCGCCCAGCGUGCGAGGUUGCGUACCCUUGUCAACCGCAAACGUAACCGUCAACAGUAUCGUCUCCGUGCUCUCCUCAAGCAGGGUAUGACCCAGAACCAGAUCACCGAGGGCGGCGGCCCUGACGCUGUGUUUGGCAGACAGCCCGACAAGAGCCUGGCUUUGGAAUCAAGACCCGGUGCCAAACGCAAAAAGCACGCCGAGAGUAUCGCCGUCCACGACCCCGAGAUUGUCCGUCUCGGCGAGUUGGGCAUGGAUCGCUACCUCACCCAGCAGGGCUGGGAGCUGUUCAACUACGCCCACAUGGGCGACGCCAUCACGGCCUACGCCAAGGCACACAGUGACAGGCCAGCCCCCGCCAUCUCUUUCCCCGUCCUUGGCGAGCUCUAUACCGAGGUCCUCGCCUACCUGAAACCACUCGUCUACCAGGCCGUCAUCAUUGCCGAGCAACAGGCGGUGCAGAACAAGACCGAAGAAGUCGAUGUCGCCCAUGUCCGUGGGGCGAUCGCUCUGCGCGGCGAGAAGCGACCCCGGGAGGUCUUCUCCGAGGCCAAAAAGCAGUUUUCGGGGAUAGGCAGUGAAGCCGGCACACCAGAUCGCAGCAGUCGCCGUAACAGUACCGCCAACCCCGUCACUCCCGACCGUACCCACCGUCCGCGCUCCCAGUCUCCCUCUCGGUCUUCUUCUCCCUCUCGACCCCCGAGCCCCCCACGCACAUUUGUCGAGCACGACCUCACCUCGUGGAUGGACGCCGGCGUUGUCCCACCGGACAUUUCCAACCUGCCCGAAGCCCAGACGGCCGUGGACCCGCUCGACGACGAGUGGGAGAUCAUCUCAACAGUCACAGACGAUGAGGACGAGGCACUUGACGAUGCUCUGGACGUGGCCGACUCGGCGCUCGACAACGCCGUGUCCCGUCAGCUCGACCAUGCAGUCGUUGACAACGACACCCGAAUCAUUAUUGACGGCACCGCGUGGGUCAAUGCCAAGGAGCGCCAGCCAGCGCGUAAGCGCAAGCGGAGGGACACGGGCGCCACAGAGGCCGAGGACGAGGACGAGGAUGUGCGCGACGCUCAACAGGCAUACAGAGACCUCAUUGCAACGAUCCAAGAAACCCGUCGCAACCGCCGCGCAGUUCGCCGCCGUACCGAACUCUUCCCACGCACGUCGACGUUCAAAGAGGGUGGCAGGGUCCGAGUCCGCCACACCCUUGGAUGGCGCAAGGCCCGCAAGGGGGAGGGCCACUGGCUUGUUGGCAGCGACGAGAGCGAGAUGGAGGUGGAGAGUGACGAGGGUGUUGAGGAGUGGGUCGCGAGUGGGACUGGGAGUGAAGGGGAGGAGUCGGAGGAGUCGGAGGAGGCAGGCUGGGAGGGAGAUGACGGAGAGGGGGAGCAGGGAGAUGAGGUGGAAUCCCAAGCGGACGCUGAGGUGGAUGCUGAGGAGGCCCCAGAGGAGGUUACUGAGGACCAACGAGUGGAAGCUGGCGACGGAGACUCGGACGAAAACGAGGACGACGAACGGGAGACUCCUGUGCCAGCUUCAGACUCCAUGGAGGUCGAGGAAGACGAGCUGGAGAGCUCUGUUCAAGAGGAUAUGGAUGUGGGCGACUACGACGACGGGUCCCAAGACGACAUUGUCGACACUCAAAUCACUGGAUUCACCACCACGCAGGACCCCAUCACGCACGACACGCAACUCACUGCCGACACGUACUCGCCCGAGCCACCCGAGAGCAUUGGCAGCAUUGGAAGCAUGGGUAGCAGCGACUGGUAG